AUGUCUGAUACUCAAGAAGUCCAAGAAGUUCAAGAAGUUCCAGAAGUUCAAGAAGAACAAACCGCUGAAGUCACCAUCGAAGAUGCUUUGAAGGUUGUCUUGAGAACUGCCUUGAUCAAUGACGGUUUGGCUAGAGGUUUGAGAGAAUCUGCCAAGGCUUUGACCAAGGGUCAAGCUCAAUUGGUUGUCCUUGUCAGCUCUGUCACUGAAGACAACAUCAUCAAGUUGGUUGAAGGUUUGGCUAACGAUCCUGAGAACAAGGUUCCAUUGAUCAAGGUCGCUGACGCUAAGCAACUAGGUGAAUGGGCCGGUUUGGGUAAGGCUGACCGUGAAGGUAACGUCAGAAAGGUUGUCGGUGCUUCCGUUGUUGUUGUUACCAACUGGGGUGCUGAAACUGAUGAACGUACCAUGAUCUUGGAACACUUCUCCCAACAAUAA